CCCCCAAGGACCUUACAGCCGCCGUGCAGCCCAGCCUGACCCGUCACCGCUGCGGCCAGAGAGGCCACACGUUCGUCAACGGUCGCCUUCCUCACCUUCUUCCCUACCUCUUCCAUACCGCUCUUUCUGCUUCCCCCUUUGCGGCGCGGACCCUGUCACCCGCCUGAUCCCCGUGCGCUUUUUCUCGCUCUCUCGCUCACUCUCUCCCUCGUUUGAACAGACGAAGAAGCGACCCUGUCUACCUGCAUCCCAUUCCCGCUGUCUGGAACGAACCCGCUUUAUUAUCACCAGAGCGCUGGCUGUGCCUGCUCGUUUCCAUCGUCACGCCACCGGCCCCCCCCAGCCCAGCCCAGCCCAGCACAGCGUCCCGUGGAGCCGGGUCACUCCCUGUUGCCACCAUCACAGUUCGGCAUUUUGACUCUGCCGCCGCCCAUCAGCUCAGCUCAGGGUCCUCCAUUGCAGUACUAUUACCAAUUCUCGCCUGCCGCCACCCUGACGUAUUGGCCCGCCCCAGAUUACCGUACUGACCUGACCACGGCUACAUUCUGCAUACCUUAACUUUCCCAUCGUCCACACGCGAAUACGCCGCAGAAGCUCACUUGCGACGACAAACGACGGCGACGACGACGACGACACGCACAAGAGACGUACGACAUACACGAUCUGAUACCACUGCCCGCCCUUUCCCUCCAUCCCCCGUCGAGCACCAUGGCUUCCUCCUAGCUUCCUCUGACCGAGCGCGGUUCGAUUCGUUGUGCGCUGCAUCGCGCCUCAACUUUCUCCUCGUCACACCAUAUCCCGCCGCCAGACUAUUCUCUUUGAUGCACGAUUGUAGAUCUGGUGAUAGGGCGCAGGGCCAUUACACCAUGAAGACACAUCCGCGGCAUUCCCCCUCGGCGGGAAUGUCAUUUACGCACACGACGACCACCCACGCCGCUGUUUCGCGAUCCUCCAAAUCCUCCAAAUCCACGACAACGCCCGUUGCAUCCCCGAGAGGCGCCUUCUCCGUGGGCCAGAACCAUCCGCCGAGGCUCUCGCCUAGCCUGCAGCAGGGCCAGCGGGCCCCGAGUCCAAACUAUUUCGGACUCGUCGUCGAGUCAUCCAACGACCCCCGCGAGUCGUCGGGUCUGGGCAACAACAACAACUGGAGCCCGGCAACGUCAUCUGUAAAGUCAUUUGGUGCGGCGCUUCCUAAGCCUGUCUCCCUCGAACACAAUCACGACUUUGAGGCCUUCAAGAGGCAAGCCGACCUCAAUCGGGGCAAGUCCUUCUCGCUGCCGACGUCACACUAUGUGCAACCUACCUCGAACCCGACCCCAGCCCGCCCACGCCCAUCAAGAUGGCAUACUCAUGCCAGCGAUACUGGCUCCGACGCUUCGUUUUCGCGACCUGUUGGCGCUUUUCACCGCGAGCGCCCGCUAAGUAAGAUGGACGUCGAUCAGGAUAGCCUCCACGACUCAGCUUAUGUCUCGUCGGAUUCCAAGCGCAAUUCGGAGGCGUCCAUCCUGCCGAUGCAGCUGACAGGCCUCCCGCAAUUCCAAUCUCCGCGACCCAUUGAUCAUUCACAGCAGCUGCGCCAUCCGCUGCCGAGGAGCGACGAGAGGGAUUCGCGGCUGUCCAUGAUGUAUUCCAAAGCCGAGCCCCUGUCUCCUCGAAUGGCCGAUAUCAGCCGAGCCGCCACCCUCCCAACAAAGUUGGAGCCAGGGACACCGCUUAUGAUAUCUGGUGACGAGCUGGAGGAGUUGAUGGAUAAAGUCGACUCUGACCACGUGUUACUGCUUGACAUUCGAUCAUCGCAGAACCAUGCUCAGUCCCGCAUCAAGGGCGCUCUGAACAUUUGCAUACCCACUACGCUUCUCAAGAGACCGACCUUUAACAUCCAGAAGCUGCAGCAGACUUUCCAGGGUGGCCUCGGCUCGGCCAAGUUCUCCGUGUGGAAAGGCAUGGAGUGGAUCGUCGUGUACGAUUCACAUGCUUCGGAUAAGCGCGACGCCGUAGCGGCGCAAAACAUGAUUAAGAAAUUCACCAACGAGGGAUUUGCCGGUCAUACGGCCAUCCUGCGAGGCGGCUUUUCCAUGUUUCAGACCUCGCACCCAAAGCUUGUCGAGCACGGGUCUGUUGCCCACCAAGCUACUUCGCCGUCAAACUCCAACGGCAACGGCGGCAGCGGCCUUGCUCCGGUCAUUGGCGGAGUCUGUCUUCCGCAGGCCGGCAACGAAUUGAACCCCUUCUUCUCCAACAUUCGUCAGAACAUGGAUCUUGCAGACGGAGUCGGGCAGCUCGACAUCUCACGCCCAGACGACCUCGAGUCCCCGAUGUUGCCCCCCUGGCUGCGAGAGACGGCCUCCAAGCAGGACCACGGCAAGAAGGUUUCCGACAGGUUCUUGCACGUGGAGCUGGAAGAGCAAGCUCGCAUGAAAAGUGCCUACGCGGCUUUCAAUCCAAACGUCCCGCAGCAAGGCAGGUUCCAGCUAUCUGGCGUCGAAAAAGGUGGCAAGAACCGGUACAAGGACAUUCUUCCAUUUGAGCAUGCUCGAGUCAGGCUUCAGCACAAGUGCGAAGAAGGCUCUUGCGACUACGUCAAUGCGAGCCACAUCUCGGCUUCGAGGAGCAAUAAGAGAUACAUUGCCUCCCAGGGACCCUUGCCGGCCACUUAUGAGGACUUUUGGUCGAUGAUCUGGGAGCAGGAUGUCCGGGUCAUCGUCAUGCUGACGGCCGAAUCUGAGGGAGGGCAGCUCAAGUGCCAUGCAUAUUGGAAGGCCAAGGAGUUUGGGCCCAUCCGGCUCCGGCCCCUGUCCGAGAAGAAGGUGUCGCUAGAUCUCGACAAGCAGCGGUCCGAUUCCCACUCACCGACGGCGACGCAUUCGGCGGCCGACUUUGGCAGGAGACGAGCGAACACGAUGACGAAUGUUGAAUCAACGCCCACACCGAACACGCAGACGCAGACGGACAGCCCGUAUGUGGUGAUACGCAAAUUCGCCUUGUCUCACGCUGCCCACCCCUUUGCCCCGAUUCGCGAGAUCACGCAUCUUCACUUUCCGACGUGGCCCGACUUUGGCGUCCCCGCGCAGCCGGCUCACUUGCUGGCGCUGGUGGAGCUGGCCAAUGUCAUGCAGCGAGCGGCCCUGCCGGUUGAGACGCCCUCGAUUGUCGGAUCCAGGAUGACGUCGAUUGAGACGAUACCCAUAUCGUGGUAUGACGAGCCCGAGAAGGACCCGCACGCUAGGCCGAUGCUGGUGCACUGCUCGGCUGGGUGUGGGCGGACGGGAACGUUUUGCACUGUCGACUCCGUGAUUGACAUGCUCAAGCGCCAACGGCAGGCCAAGCUGGCAGCGGCGAAGGCAAAGGCCACUCAGGCGGACGUUGAGAUGGUAGACCCGACAGAAUCGGCACCGUCGGUGUGUGGGCAGGAGGCAAGCGCUCAGGGAUUCUUCGACUUCAAGCCGUGUCGAGAGGACGCAGUCUCCAACAUCGCCGCGGGAGACCAGAAAUCCAAAUCCCCAGAGAUGGACACGUCUUGGAUUCAGGACGGCACCAUGGAUUUGAUCCAGAAGACAGUUGAGGACUUCCGACAGCAGAGGUUGAGCAUGGUCCAGAGCCUGCGACAGUACGUUUUGUGCUACGAGACGGUGCUGGAAUGGGUUUCUCAGAUGAACGACCGGGCCAGCAACACCAUCUCAGGGCGGUUGCGCAGCGGCAGCCUGCAGCAGACGCGAACCUCGCGGUGA